AUAUAUAUGCAUUUCAAUAUUUAUUGUCAUAAAAAAUAUGUAUCAUUGAAGAAUCAUGGAUCAGUUUCGUGGUUUGUUUGUGAAACUAGACAAGAAUAACGACGGGUCUAUAUCAGUGGAAGAACUUCACAAUGAGAUGAAAAAAACUGGAAUUCUGGCUGCAGAUCAGAAGGCUCAGGUAUUUAUUUAUUGCAAUAUUUUAUAAUUAAUAUAAAUUAAAUGUGAGGCCUAUUGUAAUUUACCAGCCGCAUAACUGGAGAGUCAACAUGUACGUCUAAUGUCUAUUGAUAUUGUGCAGCCAAAAUGAUAUAGUGCCUUUUUUAACUUUUCCAGAUUAUCGUUAAUAACUAUGACCGAAACAAGGAUGGACGUUUAGAUUAUGACGAGUUCCUAAGCUAUAUGAGGGACAGAGAGAAGAAGUGGAGAAUUCACUUUAAUGCCCUUGACAAGAAUGAAUGCGGUAAGUCGAGUGGUGGGGUGGUCCAAUCUUCGGUAGCAUAAAAAGCAGGUAGGCUAAUCUUAGGGCCCACCCCGGGACAGGGGUAUUCCAAGGUCAUAGAGGACAUUCUGAGCACGCUUUUGUCUUUGUUUUGCACAGUAGCCCUUAGGCCUGCCUGCCUGCCUGCCUGCCUGCCUGCCUGUCUGUCUGUCUGUCUGUCUGUCUGUCUCUCAACCUCACCUGGGUCUCUCCUUACUGAAUUUUCAGGUUUGGCAUGUUAAUAAUUGACAAGGAGUUGGCGUGUUAAUAAUUGACAAGGAGUUGGCAUGUUAAUAAUUGACAAGGGGUUGGCAUGUUAAUAAUUGACAAGGAGUUGGCAUGUUAAUAAUUGACACGGAGUUGGCAUGUUAAUAAUUGACAAGGAGUUGGCAUGUUAAUAAUUGACAAGGAGUUGACAUGUUAAUAAUUGACAAGGAGUUGGCGUGUUAAUAAUUGACAAGGAGUUGGCAUGUUAAUAAUUGACAAGGAGUUGGCAUGUUAAUAAUUGACACGGGGUUGGCAUGUUAAUAAUUGACAAGGGGUUGGCAUGUUAAUAAUUGACAAGGGGUUGGCAUGUUAAUAAUUGACACGGGGUUGGCAUGUUAAUAAUCGACACAGGGUUGGCAUGUUAAUAAUUGACAAGGGGUUGGCAUGUUAAUAAUUGACAAGGGGUUGGCAUGUUAAUAAUUGACAAGGGGUUGGCGUGUUAAUAACUGACAAGGGGUUGGCAUGUUAAUAAUUGACAAGGGGUUGGCAUGUUAAUAAUUGACAAGGGGUUGGCAUGUUAAUAAUUGACAAGGGGUUGGCAUGUUAAUAAUUGACACGGGGUUGGCAUGUUAAUAAUUGACAAGGGGUUGGCAUGUUAAUAAUUGACAAGGGGUUGGCAUGUUAAUAAUUGACAAGGAGUUGGCAUGUUAAUAAUUGACAAGGGGUUGGCAUGUUAAUAAUUGACAAGGGGUUGGCAUGUUAAUAAUUGACAAGGAGUUGGCAUGUUAAUAAUUGACAAGGAGUUGACAUGUUAAUAAUUGACAAGGGGUUGGCGUGUUAAUAAUUGACAAGGGGUUGGCGUGUUAAUAAUUGACAAGGGGUUGGCAUGUUAAUAAUUGACAAGGGGUUGGCAUGUUAAUAAUUGACAAGGGGUUGGCAUGUUAAUAAUUGACAAGGGGUUGGCAUGUUAAUAAUUGACAAGGAGUUGGCAUGUUAAUAAUUGACAAGGGGUUGGCAUGUUAAUAAUUGACAAGGGGUUGGCAUGUUAAUAAUUGACAAGGGGUUGGCAUGUUAAUAAUUGACACGGGGUUGGCAUGUUAAUAAUUGACACGGGGUUGGCAUGUUAAUAAUUGACACGGAGUUGCCAUGACAGCACAAACAGACUGGCAUUCUGGCUACUCUUAACUAACUCUUUCUCUGUCUAUAGACGAUAUUAGAAACUCCUAAACAUCUCAGAGUAGGAGGGCUGAUCCAGGAUCAGGUCCUCCCUGACUGUCCAUAAUAAUCGGAUUCCUUACACUCUUAGAAAUAGGGUUCAUUCUAUAUUAUAAACUGGGUGGUUCGAGCCCUGAAUGCUGAUUGGCUGACAGCUGUGGUAUAUCAGACCGUAUACCACGGGUAUGACAAAACAUUUAUUUUUACUGCUCUAAUUACGUUGGUAAACAGUUUAUAAUAACAAUAAGGCACCUACGUUUUUUUUUGCAUAUAUUGCCAAUAUACCAUGGCUAAGGGCUGUGUCCAGGCACUCUCUGUUGCGUCGUGCGUAAGAACAGCCCUUAGCCGUGGUAUAUUGGCCAUAUACCACACCCCCUCGGGCCUUAUUGCUUAAUAGAACCACUUCCUCUAAGAGUGUAUGAUCUAAAAGGUCAAACCGAUCAUAGAUCAGCACUUCUACACUGAGACGCUUGAUAAAAUAUUCAUAUUUGACAUGAUCCAUGCUGUGUUUCUACCCAUGUCGUCUUCUCUGACUAGGGGGUCAUGUUGUCUUCUCUGACUAGGGGUCAUUGGCCAGGAGGAAAUCAUAGAUCUGUUUAAGGAGUUGGGAGUGAACAUAUCAAAGCCGAAUGCAAAAAGAAUAAUACAAAUGUAAGAGUGCCUUUUGCCCCCUACCUAUCCACCUCACUGGUCACUCUGUUGGUUAUUACAUUACCUUUUGCCCCCUACCUAUCCACCUCACUGGUCCCUGUUGGUUAUUACAUUACCUUUUGCCCCCUACCUAUCCACCUCACUGGUCGCUCUGUUGGUUAUUACAUUACCUUUUGCCCCCUACCUAUCCACCUCACUGGUCGCUCUGUUGGUUAUUACAUUACCUUUUGCCCCCUACCUAUCCACCUCACUGGUCGCUCUGUUGGUUAUUACAUUACCUUUUGCCCCCUACCUAUCCACCUCACUGGUCGCUCUGUUGGUUAUUACAUUACCUUUUACCCCCUACCUAUCCACCUCACUGGUCCCUGUUGGUUAUUACAUUACCUUUUACCCCCUACCUAUCCACCUCACUGGUCGCUCUGUUGGUUAUACAUUACCUUUUCCCCCUACCUAUCCACCUCACUGGUCGCUCUGUGUUAUUACAUUACUUUUCCCCUACCUAUCCACUCAGGUCCCUGUUGGUUAUUACAUUACCUUUUGCCCCCUACCUAUCCACCUCACUGGUCGCCUGUUGGUUAUUACAUUACCUUUUUGCCCCCUACCUAUCCACCUCACUGGUCGCUCUGUUGGUUAUUACAUUACCUUUUGCCCCCUACCUAUCCACCUCACUGGUCGCUCUGUUGGUUAUUACAUUACCUUUUGCCCCCUACCUAUCCACCUCACUGGUCGCUCUGUUGGUUAUUACAUUACCUUUUGCCCCCUACCUAUCCACCUCACUGGUCGCUCUGUUGGUUAUUACAUUACCUUUUACCCCCUACCUAUCCACCUCACUGGUCGCUUGUGGUUAUUACAUUACCUUUUACCCCCUACCUAUCCACCUCACUGGUCGCUCUGUUGGUUAUUACAUUACCUUUUGCCCCCUACCUAUCCACCUCACUGGUCGCUCUGUGGUUAUUACAUUACCUUUUGCCCCCUACCUAUCCACCUCACUGGUCGCUCUGUUGGUUAUUACAUUACCUUUUGCCCCCUACCUAUCCACCUCACUGGUCGCUCUGUUGGUUAUUACAUUACCUUUUGCCCCCUACCUAUCCACCUCACUGGUCGCUCUGUUGGUUAUUACAUUACCUUUUGCCCCCUACCUAUCCACCUCACUGGUCGCUCUGUUGGUUAUUACAUUACCUUUUGCCCCCUACCUAUCCACCUCACUGGUCGCUCUGUUGGUUAUUACAUUACCUUUUGCCCCCUACCUAUCCACCUCACUGGUCGCUCUGUUGGUUAUUACAUUACCUUUUGCCCCCCUACCUAUCCACCUCACUGGUCGCUCUGUUGGUUAUUACAUUACCUUUUACCCCCCUACCUAUCCACCUCACUGGUCGCUCUGUUGGUUAUUACAUUACCUUUUGCCCCCUACUAUCCACCUCACUGGUCGCUCUGUUGGUUAUUACAUUACCUUUUAGCCCCCUACCUAUCCACCUCACUGGUCGCUCUGUUGGUUAUUACAUUACCUUUUGCCCCCCUACCUAUCCACCUCACUGGUCGCUCUGUUGGUUAUUACAUUACCUUUUGCCCCCUACCUAUCCACCUCACUGGUCGCCUCUGUUGGUUAUUACAUUACCUUUUGCCCCCUACCUAUCCACCUCACUGGUCGCUCUGUUGGUUAUUACAUUACCUUUUGCCCCCUACCUAUCCACCUCACUGGUCGCUCUGUUGGUUAUUACAUUACCUUUUACCCCCUACCUAUCCACCUCACUGGUCGCUCUGAUGGUUAUUACAUUACCUUUUGCCCCCUACCUAUCCACCUCACUGGUCGCUCUGUUGGUUAUUACAUUACCUUUUGCCCCCUACCUAUCCACCUCACUGGUCGCUCUGUUGGUUAUUACAUUACCUUUUGCCCCCUACCUAUCCACCUCACUGGUCGCUCUGUGGUUAUUACAUUACCUUUGCCCCCUACCUAUCCACCUCACUGGGUCGCUCUGUUGGUUAUUACAUUACCUUUUGCCCCCUACCUAUCCACCUCACUGGUCGCUCUGUUGGUUAUUACAUUACCUUUGCCCCCUACCUAUCCACCUCACUGGUCGCUCUGUUGGUUAUUACAUACCUUUUGCCCCCUACCUAUCCACCUCACUGGUCGCUCUGUUGGUUAUUACAUUACCUUUUGCCCCCUCCUAUCCACCUCACUGGUCGCUCUGUUGGUUAUUACAUUACCUUUUGCCCCCUACCUAUCCACCUCACUGGUCGCUCUGUUGGUUAUUACAUUACCUUUUUACCCCCUACCUAUCCACCUCACUGGUCGCUCUGUUGGUUAUUACAUUACCUUUUGCCCCCCUACCUAUCCACCUCACUGGUCGCCUGUUGGUUAUUACAUACCUUUUGCCCCCUACCUAUCCACCUCACUGGUCGCUCUGUUGGUUAUUACAUUACCUUUUGCCCCCUACCUAUCCACCUCACUGGUCGCUCUGUUGGUUAUUACAUUACCUUUUGCCCCCUACCUAUCCACCUCACUGGUCGCUCUGUUGGUUAUUACAUUACCUUUUGCCCCCUACCUAUCCACCUCACUGGUCGCUCUGUUGGUUAUUACAUUACCUUUUGCCCCUACCUAUCCACCUCACUGGUCGCUCUGUUGGUUAUUACAUUACCUUUUGCCCCCUACCUAUCCACCUCACUGGUCGCUCUGUUGGUUAUUACAUUACCUUUUGCCCCCUACCUAUCCACCUCACUGGUCGCUCUGUUGGUUAUUACAUUACCUUUUGCCCCCUACCUAUCCACCUCACUGGUCGCUCUGUUGGUUAUUACAUUACCUUUUGCCCCCUAUCUAUCCACCUCACUGGUCGCUCUGUGGUUAUUACAUUACCUUUUGACCCCCCUAUCUAUCCACCUCACUGGUCGCUCUGUUGGUUAUUACAUUACCUUUUGCCCCCUACCUAUCCACCUCACUGGUCGCUCUGUUGGUUAUUACAUUACCUUUUGCCCCCUACCUAUCCACCUCACUGGUCACUCUGUUGGUUAUUACAUUACCUUUUGCCCCCUACCUAUCCACCUCACUGGUCGCUCUGUUGGUUAUUACAUUACCUUUUGCCCCCUACCUAUCCACCUCACUGGUCGCUCUGUUGGUUAUUACAUUACCUUUUGCCCCCUACCUAUCCACCUCACUGGUCCCUGUUGGUUAUUACAUUACCUUUUGCCCCCUACCUAUCCACCUCACUGGUCGCUCUGUUGGUUAUUACAUUGCAACAACGUGGUGAUAAUAUUGAUAAUUAUGUAAUAACAAAUUAAUUGCAUGUAUUGACAGACUUAACGUCUACUUUAACACUAUUCACACAAACACUCCAAUGCAAUUAUUAUAUUUGGGCACAAUUUGAUCAAAUCUACAACACAGGACAGACCUGUAGAAUAUGGCCGCUUAGAGGAUCCGUUACUUUGUCAAUGUGUUUAUUAAUUGAUUGAAUAGCAUCACACAGACCCAUUAUCGUCAUUGUUGAUGUUGUUGAUGUCUCUGUUGUCGUUGACAGGAUGGAUGAGGACAGCUCUAUGACCGUGGACUGGGGAGAGUUCCUACAGCACGUCAUCCUCAACCCUGCAGAGAACCUGGGAGAACUGGUCACUUCAUGGAAACACACUCUGGUGAGACGCUGAAGACAUGGGUCUCGUUUCCCUGAGCCUUCAUAGGGCUAAUGCCUAGCCUUUUAGCUCAGAGGCCUAACACAGUCUUGUAGUGAACAGGAGACCAUCCUGUCACACUUGCAGUCCUUGUUUUGAUGGAAAGCCUAGCUUCCUAGAGCCCCAUAGCAUGAAGAUCAUCAUUAGAUGGCGCUUGAAGUGCUCGAGACCAGAGGAAUUGUGUUAGCUCCCUGAGCUAAUGCCUUACGCAGUAUUGCGGUGCGCAGACGACCCGGGUUCAAACCCAGUUAGUCACACUGUAGUCCAGGGAUCAUCAACUUGAUUCAGCCGCAGGAACAUAAUUACAAAUAAUUUGUAGACGGCAAAUUGACCGCAAGAAGCACAAACAGAUAUAAUAUUUGACUAAAACAUAAUCGUUUUAAACCUUGCUUACAUUUGUAUACGAUCACGUGUCUCUCUAUUAUGCGUGGGAAUACUUGGGAACAGAUUUCAUAAAUGUAAAUCACUUGGAGCUGAUUUCCUGCUGUUUCUACAGUCUUUUAUGUCCUACAAUGAAAAUUCAAACCCUGCUGUAGUCCUUGUGUGAUGUAGUCUGCUGUGUGUGUGUGUGUGUGUGUGUGUGUGUGUGUGUGUGUGUGUGUGUGUGUGUGUGUGUGUGUGUGUGUGUGUGUGUGUAUGUGUGUUGGCACACUCCACCCCAGUGUAGCGGAUCAUACAUAGUAUGCUGGGUCUGAAGCCCCUGUUGAAGGAGUCUGUCUGUCGGGUCUGUGUUUGAUGUAGUCAGCCUGUCAGCUUCUCCAGGUGUUUGAUGUGGUCUGCCUGUCCGCCUCUCCAGGUGUUUGAUGUAGUCAGCCUGUCAGCUUCUCCAGGUGUUUGAUGUAGUCAGCCUGUCAGCUUCUCCAGGUGUUUGAUGUAGUCAGCCUGUCAGCUUCUCCAGGUGUUUGAUGUAGUCAGCCUGUCAGCUUCUCCAGGUGUUUGAUGUAGUCUGCCUGUCAGCUUCUCCAGGUGUUUGAUGUAGUCUGCCUGUCCGCCUCUCCAGGUGUUUGAUGUAGUCAGCCUGUCAGCUUCUCCAGGUGUUUGAUGUAGUCAGCCUGUCAGCUUCUCCAGGUGUUUGAUGUGGUCUGCCUGUCCGCCUCUCCAGGUGUUUGAUGUAGUCAGCCUGUCAGCUUCUCCAGGUGUUUGAUGUAGUCUGCCUGUCAGCUUCUCCAGGUGUUUGAUGUAGUCUGCCUGUCAGCUUCUCCAGGUGUUUGAUGUAGUCUGAUUGUCAGCUUCUCCAGGUGUUUGAUGUAGUCAGCCUGUCGGGUCGGUGUUUGAUGUAGUCUGCCUGUCCGCUUCUCCAGGUGUUUGAUGAUCAGCUGUCAGCUCCAGUGUUAUGUAUCCUGUCAGCUUCUCCAGGUGUUUGAUGUAGUCAGCCUGUCAGCUUCUCCAGGUGUUUGAUGUAGUCAGCCUGUCGAGCUCUCCAGGUGUUUGAUGUGAUCAGCCUGCCAGCUUCCAGUGUAUUGAUGUAUCGCCUGUCCGCUUCUCCAGGGUGUUGGAGUAGUCUGUCUGUCGCUUGCUCCAGGUGUUGUGAGGUAGUCCAGCACUGCGCUUCUCCAGUUGAUGUAGCAGCCUGUCAUUCUCCAGGUUGAUGUAGUCAGCCUGUCCGGAUCCCGGUGUUAUGUAGUCCUAGAUCACUUCUCAGUGUUGAUGUAAGUCUAUUGUCACUCUCCAGGUUUGAUUAGUCUCUGUCCGCUUCUCCAGGUGUUUGAUGUGGUCUGCCUGUCGGCCUCUCCAGGUGUUUGACGUGGGUGAGAGCCGGACCAUGCCCAUGGAGCUGCCCCAGGACGUGUCAGCAGGCUCGGGGCUGUGGAGGAGUUUCGUCCUGGCUGCAGGGCUGGCCGACGCCGUGUCCAGAACACUGACUGCUCCCAUCGACCGCCUCAAGACACAGCUACAGGAACACUAUAAUAACCUAAACACUUCUUUGAUACAGCUUGAUAACACCCAGUAACACUUUGCAUUGCCAAACUUUGUAGUCUCAUAUUCACAUGGUUCAGAAAUUAACCCUAACUCGAACCCUACAGCAAUGAACAGUAGAGACCUACAGGUAGCUGCCAAAAUAAUGGAAACACU